GAUAGUGAAACCUACUCAUUCUAAAACUUGUUUUUGUAAGUUUCACUUUCCUCCAUAUUCAUCGGCUUCUUAGAAUAAGUAUAUAAAAUAAACUCCACCACUAAGUGUGCGCUAACUGCGAAGAUUUUUCGACCACACCGAUUAUUUAAGCUUCAGUUGCUUCACUUAGCGCUUGAAUUGUGCGUUUUUCCAUCGGCAUGUCCAACACAUCGAUUCCUGCCGCGGUGCGACAGAUCGUGCAAGGAAAUUCCGCCUUCACGCUCAAACUCUACAAAAUUUUAUCAAAACAACCCGGAAAUGUGUUUUUUUCACCGUUCAGUGUCCACACUGCACUCGCUAUGUUGCACCAAGGCGCCAGACAAGACACGGCAACCAUUCUUGGGAAAGUUCUUCAAAUUCCGGAGGCCGAAUCUACAGCCGAAGGUUACAAGUGGAUAAUAAAUCAGUUGAAAAGCAUCCAAAGUGUUAUUCUGCGUAUUGCGAACAAAAUCUACGUGAAAGACGAUGAAGAAUUCGUGAAGGAGUUUCAAAAUACCGUUAAAGAAUAUUUCUAUUCGGAUCUAGAAUCUUUCAAUUAUGGGAACAGGCGCGAAACAGUGCAUAGUAUUAAUGAAUGGGUGGAGGAACAAACUUCUGGAAAAAUAAGAAAAGUUGUCAGUGAGAGUUCAAUAACAAAAGACACGUCGUUGUUUUUGGUGAACGCGAUUUAUUUUAAAGGAGACUGGCUGGAUAAAUUUACGAAAAGCCGAACCACGAAGGAACCUUUCUAUCUCGAUGAUCAACAAAUGAUACAAGUGGAAAUGAUGAAUGGGACCAAAAAGGUUUCUUACAAAUUCGACGAUAAAUUAAACGCCGGUAUUCUUCGUCUGGCAUAUAAACGAAGAGAAAUCCAAAUGGUAAUAAUUCUUCCAAAAGAAAGAAAUGGAAUUAAAGAUUUAGAAGACAAAUUAUGGAAUGUAGAUUUUGCUGAUGUUAUUAAUAAAGAUCUAUGUGGAGUGAAAGCAAAUUUGUCGUUGCCCAAAUUUAAGUUUUCUACUUCUAUGGAUUUAGAAGGUCCUUUGAAAGAGAUGGGACUCGAUAUAAUCUUUAACAAAGAAAAAGCCGAUUUUAAAGGCAUGCUUGUACCAAAAUGUGAACGAUCAUUAUCUGUCGAUAAAAUAUUUCAAAAGGCAUAUAUCGACGUUAAUGAAGAAGGGUCAGAAGCAGCUGCUGUUACGGUAGUGAGAGUAAUGAUGCCAUUUUCAUGCUUGUGCAAAGUGGAACGCAAGACCUCAACAUACUUUUCUGUGGAAGACUGUACCAACUGAAGUAUCAUUAACUAUAACUUAAGUGUAUUUUAGAAAGACUGUAAUAUCCAGCGUAUUUUUAUGUUCAUUCUGCUCAGCAUUGGAACGUUAUAAAUACGAAAAUAUGACAUAAAAAUUUAAGCAAGUCAAACAUGUGCAUUUUCUCCAGAGUGCGUCGACUUGCAGUGAUUGUAUUAACAGCUGCAAUGAAACUCAAAGUCAGCGAUAAAGGUGUAAUUAGAAAUAAAUAAUUUUUGGUGAAAAAACGUGAAAGUGUUUCCUUCUCCCCAAAUAGUCUGCCAAAAUUUAAUUUUCAUUAACGUUUCUAUUAUAACAGAAACAAAAAAAAUUAAAUAUAAAGCUCCAAACCCAACAAAUAUUAUUGUCAGCGAGGUCAGUCAAAAAAAGAAAGUUUCCCGUGGUUCUAAAAAAAAUAUUACUUUCAGCAAACUCAUUCAAAAAGGGAAAAUACUGCGUAGUAAUGCCUUUAAGACCUGAUUUCGUGUUCUGUCAUCUUCGUUUUUGUAGAAGGCAGACUAAAUUUUGUUUUCGCAAUUUUC